AAUCUCCUUCCACCUCCCUCCCCCUCCUCCACAAAUCUCCUUCUACCUCCCUCCGCCUUCUCCACAAAUCUCCUAAUCCCUCCCUCCUCCACAAAUCUCCUCCUACCUCCUCCUUCCACCUCCCUCCUCCACAAAUCUCCUAAACCCUCCCUCCUCCACAAAUCUUCUCCGAACCCCUCUUCCCUCCCCCCGUGAAAACCCCAGCCAUGGAGUGGAACAUUUGUUUUAUUUAUUUAACUAGGCAUUACCGUCUACUGUAACAGUCUAACCUGCCUUUAUUUAGCAGAGGACCACCCUACACUCUCCCUAACAGACCUCCUCCUGCCCCAGUCAUGAUGGUGCCCCCCCCUCCCACCAACCAGCCCCAUAUCUGUCUGUCUACCCUGCUGAUCAUGAGCAGUAUGGCCCUGAUCGAUGCCUAUCUGGUGGAACAGAACCACGGGCCCAGGAAGAUAGGUAUCUGUAUCAUGGUGAUGGUAGGGGACCUCUGCUUCCUCAUCGUGUUGCGGUACGUGGCGGUUUGGGUCGGGGCCGAGGUACGGACCGCCAAGCGAGGCUGUGCCAUGAUACUCUGGUUCCUCUAUAUCUUUGUCCUGGAGAUCAAGGUGUACUUUGUGUACCAGAACUACAAGGCUGACAGGAAGUCUCUGGAUGCUCUGGCCCGUAAGGCCCUGACCCUACUCCUCUCAGUCUGUGUCCCGGUGCUGUUUGUUGGUCUCGUGGCAAUAGACCAUAUGGAGUACGUACAGCCGUUCAAGAAGAAAGAGGAGCUGCGUAACAGGUUGUUCUGGGUGGUGGUGGACCUGCUAGAUAUCCUGGAUAUUCAGGCUAAUCUCUGGGAACCCCUGAAGAAAGGUCUCCCUCUGUGGGCUGAAGGACUGAUGUUCUUCUAUUGUUACAUCCUGUUGCUAGUCCUUCCCUGUGUCUCCCUUAGUGAGAUCUCCAUGCAGGGCAUCAAUAUAGUCCCACACAAGAUGAUGCUAUAUCCUAUCCUCAGCCUGGUCACCAUUAAUAUUUUAACCUUAUUGAUCAGAGGUUGUAACAUGCUGCUGUAUAGGGAUGCCCGGGUCAGUGGGAUCCUGAUAGGGAAGAAUGUGUUAGCUAUCAUACUAAAGACCUGUAGCUUUGUCCAGUACAGGAAGCAGUUACCGAACACUCCUCCUGCUUUCGGGUUGGAACGACAGAGGAACUCUGUACCACAUCACCAUGGUAACCAGGGUCUUGGACGCCCUGUUUCUAUAGUGAUGACCGCUCACCCGCAGGUGUUCCUCCCGGACCAGACAGCCCUGCCCCUCCCUCUGCCAGAGGUCACAACUACAUGUCAACAUAAAUGACUGAGACCAGGAUCAUACCAUGUAUGUAUGACCCUCAGGAUAUUAUACAUGGGACACACAGGAACAUCUGACUCUGACCAAAAUCUACAUGGAUGUACCAAUAUCAUGUAUGACCAUCAGGACUCUACAGGGCAAUGGUCAACAUCAUGUGAAAAACCUUGUAUGGAUAUUAUCACUGAUCAGAGGGACACUUUACACUUUUAAUAAAACAUAAAGCAGUAUAUGGAUAUUGUCACUGAUCAAAGGGACGCAGGAUCCUUAUGGAGUAUAGCGCAGAGACAUGGAGAAUGUUUAUGAAGAACCUUGAUACAAAGAAGAUUAUAAUACCAAUCUGAAUGUAUAUUAUCAUUGGAACACAGUGGAAACUCUCCUUAAGGAUAAUAUGGUGACAUGGACAACACCUUCUAGUGUAAAUAACAGUAUCUCUAUUUGCCCUGUGGAUUCAGAGAACAGUAUCUCCAGACUCUGCAAAUUAAAGACUUUCCUCUGUGGAUUAAAAUAACAGUAUCUCUAGACUCUGUUAGAGACAACACAUUCUGGUGUAAAGAACAGGAUCUCUAGACUCUGUUAAAGACAACACAUUCUGGUAUAAAGAACAGGAUCUCUAGACUCUGUUAAAGACAACACAUUCUGGUGUAAAGAACAGGAUCUCUAGACUCUGUUAAAGACAACACAUUCUGGUGUAAAGAACAGGAUCUCUAGACUCUGUUAAAGACAACACAUUCUGGUGUAAAGAACAGGAUCUCUAGACUCUGUUAAAGACAACACAUUCUGGUGUAAAGAACAGGAUCUCUAGACUCUGUGAGAGACAACACAUUCUGGUGUAAAGAUAAGGAUCUCUAGACUCUGUUAAAGACAACACAUUCUGGUGUAAAGAACAGGAUCUCUAGACUCUGUUAAAGACAACACAUUCUGGUGUAAAGAACAGGAUCUCUAAACUCUGUUAAAGACAACACAUUCUGGUGUAAAGAACAGGAUCUCUAGACUCUGUUAAAGACAACACAUUCUGGUGUAAAGAUAAGGAUCUCUAGACUCUGUUAAAGACAACACAUUCUGGUGUAAAGAACAGGAUCUCUAGACUCUGUUAGAGACAACACAUUCUGGUAUAAAGAACAGGAUCUCUAAACUCUGUUAAAGACAACACAUUCUGGUAUAAAGAACAGGAUCUCUAGACUCUGUUAAAGACAACACAUUCUGGUGUAAAGAACAGGAUCUCUAGACUCUGUUAGAGACAACACAUUCUGGUGUAAAGAUAAGGAUCUCUAGACUCUGUUAAAGACAACACAUUCUGGUAUAAAGAACAGGAUCUCUAGACUCUGUUAAAGACAACACAUUCUGGUGUAAAGAACAGGAUCUCUAGACUCUGUUAGAGACAACACAUUCUGGUGUAAAGAACAGGAUCUCUAGACUCUGUUAGAGACAACACAUUCUGGUGUAAAGAUAAGGAUCUCUAGACUCUGUUAAAGACAACACAUUCUGGUAUAAAGAACAGGAUCUCUAGACUCUGUUAAAGACAACACAUUCUGGUGUAAAGAACAGGAUCUCUAAACUCUGUUAAAGGCUUCCUUUCCCUGCAGAUUUAAUGAAUAAUGAAUGUUUUAUAAUUAAACAAAAAACAAGAAGUAAAAUACAGGUUAAGAUAAAUACUUGCAUUACAAACGGCACAUACACAUUUCAAAAUCGGAACCCCCACCUCCUUUCUCUCUACAUAAAUAUAAUCUUGUCACCGUGAACCAAAUCUUAUUUGUCAUCACGGAGAGACUAACUCACACCUAUAUAUGUAUAUCUCAGUGGCUGAUAUAGCCACUGGAACAGAACAGCCCCCCCAGGUCUUAGUGAAGGGUCAGACCUGACUGGGGGAACACCGGGGGACUGAAGUUGAGUCCAACAUGGCACCCUAUUCCCUGUAUAGGGUUCUGGCCAAAUUGUACGGCACUUAUGUGUAAGUCGCUCUGGAUAAGAGCGUCUGCUAAAUGACUUAAAUGUAAAUGUAAAUGGUUGUUCCUGUGCUGUAGUGGACAAUUCAGUUUUAAUCAGUUGAAUGUUGGAGUCAUUGACACUACAGAGUUGGGAGCUGAUGGGCACGUUCCAAGCUGACUGCAUUGCAAACAUUUCAUUAACUAAUGGUUGUGAGCAUCAGCUUACUUUAUCAUACGAUAUGGAAUGCUGAUAUGUUAAACCUAUCCAGGCUUGUAAGAUCUGGCAUGGUCCGCAAUGUAGUCAUUCAGGAAUACCACACAGAGAAAUAAAAUGAUUUACAUUUGGCA